GCGGCGCGGUCGUCGUCGGCUGUGGCGGUGGCAGAGGGGGCGGCGGCCGUGGCGGCGGCGGCGACGGCAGCCGUGACUGCAGCGCGGGGCCUGGGCCGGGGGGAAUGAGGCGGCCGCGGCGGGCCAGUGGCGGAGCCGUGUAACGGAGAAGCAGCUCCACCCUUCCCUGCUUCUCUUGGCCGAGACGGGGGCGCGCGCGCGCGCGGCCGUCCUGAGCGGGUUCCCCAUCCCUCGACUCCCGCGACCCGCACCGCACCCCCAUCCGGGCCCGGAGGAUGAUGAAGCUCAAGUCGAACCAGACCCGCACCUAUGACGGCGAUGGCUACAAGAAGCGGGCCGCGUGCCUGUGUUUCAGAAGCGAGAGCGAGGAGGAGGUGCUACUUGUAAGCAGUAGUCGCCAUCCAGAUCGAUGGAUUGUCCCCGGAGGAGGCAUGGAGCCUGAGGAGGAGCCAAGUGUGGCAGCAGUCCGUGAAGUCUGUGAGGAGGCUGGAGUUAAAGGGACAUUAGGAAGAUUAGUUGGGAUUUUUGAGAACCAAGAGAGGAAGCACAGAACAUAUGUCUAUGUGCUUAUUGUCACAGAAGUGUUGGAAGACUGGGAAGACUCGGUCAACAUUGGAAGGAAGAGGGAAUGGUUUAAAAUAGAAGAUGCCAUAAAAGUGCUGCAGUAUCACAAACCUGUGCAGGCAUCAUAUUUUGAAACAUUGAGGCAAGGAUAUUCAGCCAAUAAUGGCACCCCAGUGGUGGCCACCACAUACUCAGUUUCUGCUCAGAGCUCAAUGCCCAGCAUCAGAUGACUGAAGACUUCCUGUAAGAGAAAUGGAAAUUGGAAACUAGACUGAAGUACAGAUCUUCCCUCUCACCCUUGCUCUUUUCACCUCUCCUCACAGGCCUACUAUUUCAAAUACGGCAUGAAGGGCAGCAGAGAAAGGGUUUAUUGAUAAUGUUGCUGUUUGGUGUUAUGUGGUGGGACUUUUUCUUCUCUUUUUAUUUAGGGGGUGGGGGUAGGGUACGUAAUUUGUAAAAUAUUUUUGGUGCAUGAUCUGUCCUUCCCUUAAACACCCCUACAAUUCUCUGAAGACAGACAGACAGCCUUCUCCCUGCCUUGGAUUCUGAAAUGGUCCUGUUUGUCUCAUCCCAGUCCUGGCCAGAUAUUUUUCUUUGAUUUUUAUUAUUUUUUUUUAAUUAAAAAAUACCAAUACGAGAGAAAACUUUUUAAGAACUUGUCCUAUAAUGUGUUGUUCCAGUCCAGGAGGUUCGUCAUUUUUACUGUAGGCUACAUUUAUCUACACAUUAUAUACUGGACAUAUAAUAUGUAAAUAAAUGACUUUUAGAA